UGAAACAAAUUGAAUUUCAUGCUGGGAACAUGAACAAAACUGCAUUCUCUAUCUUUGUGAAUUAUCUGGAAAAGCCUGAGUUUCCUCAUUCCAUAAGUUUGGAGAUAAGCAAGCAGUGCUUGAUGAUUGGAGAUUAUUUCAACUCACCUCAGUUCCUGUAUGACUUAAUAGAGCAGAAUAUUAAACCAAAUAUGAAUUCUAAGACAGUUCUCACAUUCUUAGUAGAUUCCAUGAGCAACAUGAAUAAGAACAAAGAUACAUAUGGCUCAUGGCUGGGUUUAUUCAACUUUUGUCUCAAAUACAUGGCAGAAAAUCUGGAUAAACUGUGAAAUGAGAAAUCAACAAAUCAACAGCUAAUGAAUUUAUGAGAUUCAAAUCCUCUGAUUUUAGAAGCAGUCAUUGAGAAAGGAAUGAAGAGCUGUGUUGAGGCAAAUUACAGCAAAUAAAGAUGAUCUGAAGGACGCAUGUCUAAGUAUUCUAAAGAAGUUAAGGAAUCCUCCUACAUCCUCUCUUUCUUAUCUCAUCAAUCUAGAGCAGAAAAGGAAACUUUUGAAUAUUUCUAAGAAGUCAGAUCGAAUAGCGCCUAAUCAGUUUAUUAAAUGGAGGAUUAGUGAUCCUAUGGUUCCAUUUAAGUCUACUUCCCCUCCAGUACAGAUUCAUUCUUAUAAUUUUAUCUUCUUUGCUGAGCGCAAUGAGGAAUUUAGUGGGCUUAAAAUAUUCACAAUGCUUAUGCCUACCAAGAAUAAGGGUCUCUUUAAUAUUACCUCCAACAGAAGUAAUGCUGCUCAUGAAGGAAACUUACGCUACCAGAGGUUAAAAAACCAAGGAUCUCAAGAAGAUUCUUCCCUCUCUUUUGAGGAUGAGAAGCAGAUUCUUGUAUGCCAUUGAAUGGUUCUCAACAAUACUGAGCAGCCCAACACAACAACCCAAUCUGAGGAAGAUAAUCAAUUUGCUUUUCAUUGAUGAGAAGCUGGAAAGAAGGUGGAAAUUGCUCGCUUUGAUUGAAUACAAACACCAGGACAUGAACAUGUGAUACAAAUUUACCAGAAAAUAGAUUAUAUUCAGAGCUUAAUUCAGAGAGAGUUGAAGAUUCAGAAAGAAAGUCCAUUAUUUAAUAAAAACCUCACAAAUCUUGUGAAAUUAGGAAUCUGACGCAAUAAAGAAACUACUAAGUCUAAAUCACAAGAUUAUGGUAAACCAAAUUUAAGUAGAUUUAAGAACUUGAAUUUAAGCAAAGCCUUUAACCAAAAGCCAAAAGAUUUAUUCCCCAGAGACCUACAGGAGCCUGAACUUUACGUUCAAAGUCUAUAUAAAAGUGGAAGAAGAUCCCAGAAAAGUUGUACAAGCUACUUCACUCGUCAAAGUAGCUCCAAGCCUAAGAGAAGGAGUUACAGCUCCUUCACCAACAAUCUUGGCCACGACAGCAAAACAAGGAUAAAAUAAGAUGUCUUUGAUGCUGAAUCCAUAUUCCGUUGGAAAGAAAAUACCCCAAGAAGAAUUUCAAAAUAAGAAUGAAAGAAUUUUGAUUCAAACGAAUCAAAGUCCUAAACUGGAUAAACACAUUGUGAGCAAGAACUAUAGGGAAGCAGCCAAGUACAGACUGCUUAAUUGUCAGUCUGUAGCUUCUAGUAAGUCCAGCCUCUUUGACGAACAUAUGCGAAACCCUCCUUAUGAAUAUGAGUCUUUUGCAUCAAGCGAUAAAGAAAAUAUAUCAGCGAAUGAUAAAAUUUGCAUGCUGGAGUUGCUGUUGAAGGAAAAGAAUAAGGAAAUUAAGAACCUCAAGAGGCAGAUCAAUCCUCGCAGGGAGCGCUACAGUGAGACAAGGACAAAUUGUGAUGAUAAUAGAGAAACUCUGAGUAGAUCUAGGAAGCAAAUACAAAGAGAAAAGCUUCGCAGAGAGGUCUCAAGCAAACUUGACAAUUACUCUAUGAAUGAGGAUAAUCCUAAAAGAUUCUUUGCUUAUAUGCGUAAUCCAAAGAGUAUGCAAGACUCUAACAGUCGCUGUAGCUUCCGAUAAAUAAUGAAAUUCUUAAAUUA